AUGGAGGCGGCGCGGCUGCUGCGGCUUGAGGCGGAGGCGUGGGCGUCCGAGCAGCGGCGGCAGCUCUACAGUACCCCACUGGUUCCCGGGUUCCCGUGGUACACCGUGGCUGCGGCCGCCUCGCGCGCCGUGCGCCGCCACGUGGUGCCGUACCAUUACACCUUCCGCGUCUUUGUGAAGGGGCGCUGGAUCGGGCAGUCCCUUUUGGACGUCUACAGCGCGGAGCACGCCCACCACUCGCGCCAGUACUACGCGACCUGCAUGCAGCAGGGUCUGCUGCGACGGCAGUCAGGGGCACACCGUAAUGUGCGACGGAGUUGCAUGAAACGCUCGUAUGGGGUGGACCAGCCGAGCGGGAGAGACGCCGUCGAUGCCGUUGCCGAGCCAGUUAUCUUGGAGCCGGGCGACGUCGUCCUUCACACGGUGCAUCGACACGAGGUUCCCGUGUGUAUGGGCACCACAGGGUUGGAUCCGGUGGUUCUCGCGGCAGUACGAAUCACGGCAUAUGGGCUGCUCGUGAUCCACAAGCCAGCAGGCGUCCCCACGCACGCGGGCGGUAGGUAUUUCAUGAACUCCUGUACAAGCAUGCUGGAGUAUGUCCUGGCGCCCAAGCGUCUACGCGCCUGGCUGCUGCAGCGGGACCCUCUGCUGCAGUCCAUCGUGUCAACAAGCCACCUGACGGAGGUGGAGUGCCAGGAACUGCUGGCGUACUACGCGGUGGAAGGCGAGGCCGGCGCGGGCGAUUGCAUUCCCAUGGAACGACUGCCACGCCCGUGUCACCGCCUAGACAAGGUAACCUCUGGUGUGUUGCUGUUCGGGGUUUCACAGGCGGCCACGCGGCGUGUGGGAGAGGCGCUGACGCGCAAGACGAAGGAGAUGGAGGAGGUGUUCCUGCGGCAGCUGCGGUUGAUUUCUGCAGACGGUGCCAAUACAACGAGGGUGGGCGGUGUGCGGAGCAUUGCGACGACGGUGUUGGAGGAAUUUUGUGUUGGCGUGCGAAAGCGCUACCUGGCCCGCGUCCAUGGUUGCUUUCCCAGUCGCGCGCUGCGCGCACUCGCCUCGCGUGGAGGGGAGGAAGCGAAGGACACGGAGGCGCGGCAUCACACCGUGGCGGACGACGGUCUGUUUAUUGCCACGACCGCGUCCCACACCACCCUCCGCCACGGGGACGCGGGAGGGGGAGGGCCGGCGUGUGCCGUUGGCCCGUCUGUGCUGCUUGCCUCGCCGCUGAUGCAGCUCAAGUUCCGUGACGGGGACACCGCGGAGCAGCCGGUGGCGCGGGAUUCCGAGGGGAAGCAGCAGCGCGAGUCUGUCCAUCAGGCGGCCGCGACGUUCUGCCAACCGCUGCGCCACUUUCCCUCCGGCAGCGGCGAGCAAAAGGAUGGGGAUGAGACAUUGGUGCAAUGUGUCCCCUUCUCUGGACGCAUGCAUCAGAUUCGCAUGCAUCUUAGUGACUGGGGGCACCCCAUCAUCGGGGACGCAUGCUUCGGUGCGAUGGAGCAGCAGCAGAGCAGCUUACAUGCGUCUGCGUCGCCGCACUGCAAGGAAGCCGCUGCAGAGAGUGUGGAAAGGGGGGAGGGGGUAAAAAUAUAUUUCCGUGUGGAUGACCUACCAAAGAGCUGUCGUGAGAGGUUUCAUGUGCAUGAUGGUCUCUGCUGGGAGUGCGCAGGCCGCCUUCCUGUGGCUUCGCUCGGGAAUCGAAACAGUAGCACCAUCGCACUGCAUGCGUGGCAGUAUGAAAUGGAUCACAGUUUACUGCUCGCCUCCGUGCCGGGCAACGCGGCUGUUGAAGCGAGUGAAGGGGCCGACGCGAAGAAGGAAAGGGAGGCGGGGUUGCAAAGCAACGAACAGGAGCAUCCAGCGAAGGAGGGGAAAGAGGCGGCAUCGAAUCUUUGCUGCGACCUGAGAGAAGUGCGGCGGCAUCCGGACGAACCUGUCCAGCGGCGAGGGGAAUCUGUCGUCUUCUUUGCUCCCCCGCCUGCAUGGUCGCAGGAGUGA